AUGGAGUUUGGUUCUGGUGGUAGCUUGCUUCCUAGCUAUCGAAAGCCACUUCCAAGUGAGCAGGUCGAACGUAUGACCUCAGAUACCCGGCUUCCUCUGGCUUCUCCCUCAUCUUCUCCCAGCUUUACGGCUGCUAUACAUCCUCAAACCCCCAUUUUCCCCUCUCAAUCUGAUCAAGCCUCCCCAGAGCACCACACAAUGAAGAAUUGGGUAGAAACGAAGGCUUCGCCAGCGGCAGAGGGACAUCAGAUCCCUGAGAACAUCGACGCGCCACCAUUGCCUCUGCCACCCACCGUUGUAGCUCAGCACCGGAAACGUCUUGUCUGGUGGGCCGUUCGAUACUGUGUAAUUGUCGUCGUCAUCUUCGUUGCAUUUCUUAUUCCUCUCCUUACAUUGAGCAAUGAUGCAGACUUAGCCGACGACUCCACUCCACAAUCAAUCCAGGACAAACAAUACCGCAACCUGGUGUUUUACAUCAGCUUAUGGCUAGAGGUUACCUGGGUGGCAGCCGUUUUCUUCGAUCUUCUGGGACUCGGCUUGCCAUAUCUCUUUAGGUUUCUUGCUAGAUACAUCAACUCUUCCCACCAGAGGUACUGGAGAAUCUUGAAGUUCAUGCGUCGCCCGAUUUGCUUUCUAGGCACGACUAUUGUAACCUUUAUCUUCUUUGCUGCUUGUAUCAACACAAAUGAACUCCUUGCUGUAAAUGUCAACAAGGAUCCGAACACAUUUGGGUGGGACGAUGUUGUAGCCGACAUUUUGGAACAGGCUACUCUUUGGGUGGCCUUCUAUUUUGUCGAGAAGCUAUUGAUAUCCUACAUCUCCGUACAUUAUCACUAUCGAGCAAAUCACUCCAAGCUUACUCGCACGAAAGAUCUCCAGAACGCCCUUAUCACACUUUACGACGCAUCGAUAUACCUUCACCCUUUCCAUCGUGGCACAUUCGACGACGAGGAUAUGAUCAUCCGCAAUGCCAACGGCGGAAGCCAUAAACAAGAGCGAAUGAGGGUUUCAAGCUACCUUGCUCGACUCGGCCUUGAUGGCUACAAGCUUGUUGGACUAUUCGGAAAUUUUAUUUCCGAUGACCCUCAUGCCCAUUGGAUGCGUCCAGCAAGUACCUAUGCUAUCAUAGAGCGUGCUUGGGGAAAUGAAGACUCGGCGACUGCACUUGCAAGGCGGAUCUGGUUUUCGUGUGUUGCUCAAGAUAAGUUUGGCUUGACUCUGAAUGACAUCAAAGAAAUCCUUGGUCCCCACCGCACGCCGGAAGCCACCAAAAUCUUUGCCACCUUGAGCGAAGGUCAAAACCACGACAUCCGCCUUGAGGAGUUCAUGGCGAUCAUUCUGGAAGCAGGCAAAACGCGCCAGGACAUAUACCGCAACAUCAACAACAUGGACCAUUGCAUUAACACUUUCGACUGGUUUUGUCUCUUCAUCAUUGCCGCGGUCAUGAUAUUUUUCAUUAUGAUUGCAUACGUACCAGCGAUGAAGGAAAUUCAGAGUGUCUUAUCUUCUUUAGCUAUUGGUCUCUCAUUCGCUGUUGGUCGGACAUUCCAUCAUCUUCUUGUUGGCAUCGUCUUUGUUUUCUUCGACCACCCUUACGAUAUCGGCGACGUCAUCAACAUCUGUAACGCUGGCGCAACUAUAGGCAUUGCCUGUACGGUCAAACGCCAGUCUCUUCUCUACACGGUCUUCAGACGACUUGACAACAACUGCGAUUUACAAAUCUCCAAUGAACAACUCACUCAAAAACGAGUCGAAAACUACACGAGGUCUGGUAUCAAUCGUCAAGGAUUGUCCUUGUUCGUGGACUUCAGGACCAGUUUUACGGAUAUCAUGCGUCUUCGAGGCAUACUGGAGGAGUUUCUUGCCCAGAACUCUAGAGACUAUGUUCCAGAGACACUAGGGUUGAACGUUGCAAGCCUUCAUGAGCUCAACAAAAUGGAGCUGAGAAUUGCCUUCACCCAUCGCAACAACUGGUCAGACGAUAAACUCCGCUCUCAGCGGAGCAACAGAUUCCACUGUGCUUUGGUAUCUGCCUGCCGGUCUAUUCCCCUUUACAAGCCAGGUGGUAUGUCUCCGUCUUCUGGCGAGAACGGAAAUCCCAUGUAUACCGUUCAGCUGGAUACCUCAAAUGAGCUACAAGAGAACAUCAAGAAGGAACAAGCUCGCCGACAUGGCCUAAGGUGGGACCGUGUCGAGCAAGCUAUCAAUCAGGUCCAAGAUCAACAGCAUUCCAACGAUGCUGGGAAUAGAAGGGUUGAAGAGGAGACUAAAACAGACAAGGCAAAAGAACAGGAGGCUUUUCUCAAGUUGGCAAGACUUCCAAUUGGGAACGAAAGAAUGGGAGCCAGCACCGGUGUAGACUUGCCGGCUUCUGGGACAGGCUUGCGCCAAUCGAGCCGGCCUCUCGUUUGA